GCCCGCAGCAGCCGCCCGCACGUCGCUCUGCUCCGCCAGCGCCUCGCCAUGCACCCGGCCCAGCUUCCCAACUUCUACCUGGCGCCGCAGCUGCUGGCUGCCGCCGCCAAGCCCGAACUGCUGCUGCACCCGUCCCUGCUCAGCUACCUGAGUCACCCGAUGUUCCGGCCGGAGCUGCUGGGCCAGAAGCCCAGCCGCCCCAAGAAGCGCUACAUCUGCAAGUACUGCCAGCGCGAGUUCAGCAAGAGCUACAACCUGCUGAUCCACGAGCGCACGCACACGGACGAGCGGCCGUUCCCGUGUGACGUGUGCGGCAAGGCGUUCCGGCGCCAGGACCACCUGCGCGACCACAAGUACAUCCACAUGAAGGAGAAGCCGUUCAAGUGCGAGGUCUGCGAGAAGGGCUUCUGCCAGGCGCGCACGCUGGCCGUGCACCGGUCGUCUUGCUCGCAGCAGACGGCGACGGCAGCGGCCGAGCUGCGCACGCUGCAGAACCGUCUCACGCCGCCGGCCGAGCCGGGCGUCGGCAAGCGUACCGGCUUCUCCAUCGCCGACAUCCUGGCCAUGUGA